AUGGCGGUGGUCGCAGCCCUUUCCAGCAAUAAGCUGGCCGGCUCGACACCCAUGCCUCGCGCACUGCGCUCUAGUCCACGCAAAAGGAUUCCAUCGCCCUCGCCGCAGGCGCCCAAGUCGAAGAAGCCACGAGCAGAACCAGUCGACGAAUCCGAGCUCGACUGUGCAGCUUGCCCAGCUCCUGGUCAGCCCGCUCCCAUCCCAGGCAAAGGUGCUGCCUGCGACCGCGAAACUUGGAUCUCCUGCACACAUUGCAAGACCUGGUUUCACUGCAUCUGCAUCGCACUCGAAAAUCCGGACGACUUUAGCAAGUGGUACUGCCAGCCAUGCAUCACUCGAUCCAAAGAAGCCUUUGAAUCCGGCACAAGCACCUCGCGUGCUCCCUUCACCAACGUCACUCGCCCACCUCGUCGAAAGUCGGAUCGCGCCAAACUGGAGGUCGAUUAUGCUGCUAUUCAAGAAGGCAUCCCUGCCGACCCGCUCGGUCGCUGGAAAAACUUCCUCAACACAUAUGACUUUGAGCCCGACAACUUUCGCAGGAUGGAGGGGCCAGAGUGGACGAUCGACUGGCUCAUGAACGACGAGACCGCCCUCAGACAGCCCGUUCUCGUGCCAGCGCCAGCUGAUCAGUCUGUCAAAGCGGUCAAUGGCUCUGUCAAGACCGAAGCGGAUGCAUCAGGACCGCUUCGAGGGAGGAUAGCGAACAAAAAUGGACGACCUGCGCCGCGCCAUACCUCGAUCCCCGGCAUGGUCGUACCGCCAUCCGAGAUGACCAUCUUUGACGUUGCGGACAUUAUCGGUCACGACACUCCUGUCGAGGUCAUCGACGUCGCCUCUCAGUCCUCCUCCAAAGCCUCAUGGACUAUCUCCGAGUGGGCCGAGUACUUUGACACACCCAAGGAGAAGAAGAAGAAGACGCUCAAUGUCAUCUCGCUCGAAGUCACCGGCACACCCAUGCAGGCGUACGUCGAGGCGCCGCAGCUCGUCCGCGACCUAGAUUGGGUGACACGCGACUGGCCACAAGAGCGCCGAGAUCCGUCGUGUGCCGACAACAGCUGGCCCAAAGUGCAACGCUACGUGCUUAUGGGCGUGGAAGGAGCCUACUCGGACUGGCACAUCGACUUUGCCGGCAGCAGCGUUUAUUAUCAUGUCAUCUGGGGACAGAAGACGUUCCUCUUCGCCCCACCUACGCCACGCAACUUAGCCGCGUACAAAGCAUGGUGCAGCAGCACGCGACAGGACUUUGACUGGCUCGGAGACCACCUGCACAGCCUCACGCGCGUCGACGUCCGACCAGGCGAGACCAUGCUGAUCCCUUCUGGCUGGUUGCACUGCGUCUAUACACCCAAGAACACGCUGGUGGUGGGAGGCAACUUUUUGACCGACUGGAACGUCGCGACGCAGUGGAAGCUGGUUGAGAUCGAAGAGGCCACCAAAGUGCCCCGCAAGUUCCGCUUCCCGCAUCUCAAGCGACUCAGCUGGUUUGUCGGCAAGGGCUGGAACGAUCGAUUGGAGCCGCUCGAUGCUAGCGAGCAGGGUGCAAAGGGCGAAGACGGAGCUGACAUCGAAAGGGAGGCAGACGUCGCAGAUUUGGUCGAUGUGGUGCCACCAUUGAAGGUGGUCAACAACAUCGAGCUGGUUUAUCAGUCCCUCAGCGACGAUCUCGAGCUGAUCCAAGAUCCUUACAUCGCGGAGAGCGGGGAUGAGCGGACGGUCAAGCAGCAAAAGGCGGCUCGCGAGGCCAUCCCGGUCCAGUAUGUCGGACAUCUGCCAAAGGCAGAGGCCAUGCUCGCGACACUACGAGGGCGGCUCGACAAGGCCAAAGCACUCGCUGACUCGGUUCACAAGGAGCGCGUCCGUCUCACAAAAGAAGCUCGAGGAGGGAAGAAGGGAGCGACUCACGGAUCGGCCACGAAGAAGCGCAAGGUCCGCAAGUAG